GUGUAUUUUUAUGAUUGAGUUUUUGCGUUUUGUAUCUUUGUAUUUUCACUUUUCUUUUCGUGUCGCCAAUUUGCCAUACAUCACAACCGCGCAGUUUUUUCUUUUGGCUACACUUCUUCUCAUCUUCGCAUUUAUUUUAUUUUUUAUCGAAUUUACGUUUAACAAACGCGCCAUUCCACAUCAGCAGCAUUCAUUUAUAUACACGUCAUUCGCGAAUUUACUUUUAAAAUGGUCGUUGCCAAAGCGAAAACCUUGCGGGAUAGGACAAACGAGUACAGAUCUCUUACCGCCGCACUGCGCAAGCGCCAGCAAGCCACACCGCCUGCACCUGAGCCUACCAAGGGCAAGUCGCUGGCCAACACAGAAUACAGCGAAUUCUCACGACACGCCGGCGCCAUCGGAAAGGACAUCCAGGACACGACACUGCUUCUGGAAAACCUGGCAAACUUGGCGAGGGGGAAGACAAUAUUCGACGACAAGACUAGCGAGAUUAAUGCGUUAACAAACCAAGUAAAACAGAGGAUUGCCACUCUCAAUGGCAAGAUUAUGUCGCUACAGUCGCUGCAGCGCAGGCAAGGUGGCGACGGACAGCAGGUGUCCGAACAUCACUCCAACAUUGUCGUGUCCCUGCAGUCGCAACUUGCGGGCACAUCGACAGUAUUUAAAGACGUGCUGGAGCUGCGCAGUGAGAGCCUCAAGGCUUCUGGAAACCGCAAAGACCAAUUCAUUGGCACAGCUGCCGCAGCUGCCGGAAACAUGGCGUUUUCUUCUACAGAUUCGCCCUUGUACCAAACAGAGCGCAAAGUCCCGGUUUACACGAACGGCGCGUACCCCGGUGGAGCAGGCAGGAGUAACAGCGGCGAAGACUUUGUUGCGUUAUCACUGCCAGAGAUGGACGAGGCAUCGAGCUCGCAGCUGAUGCUAAUGCAGCCCAGCCAGUCGUCUCGAUCUGAUGCGAUCAAUUCAAUAGAGUCGACCAUCUCGGAGCUAGGAUCUAUAUUCCAGCAGCUUGCGCACAUGGUUUCCGAGCAACGGGAUGUGGUCCAGCGCAUUGAUGCCAACGUUGAGAGCGUAGACAUGAACAUUAGUGCGGCGCAAAACGAGCUUCUUAGAUACUACUCCACCAUCUCGUCUAAUCGCUGGCUGAUGGCCAAAAUAUUUAUGAUUAUUUUAGCGUUCGUCUUCCUCUUGGUGACAUUUAUGUAAACCCACACCGUGUACAGUUCUAGCGUGUGUUCACAUUGCGCGUGCUGCGCCCAAUGCAUAUUCCGGGCUUGAUCAUUUUAAUAAAAACAAUAAUAUUUUUGUACGGUU